UCUCUUUGAGGGCGGGGCGUCAUUUUUGACAUGUGACGUCACUGGCCUGUAACAGAACGGAUUAAGGGAAGUAAGCAAGAUCAGACGGGGACAUUUAUUGCUUAAAUUUUUAGACGGGCUUGUAGCGUGUUUGGCUGGUUAUUCCUGCUACAACUGGAGAUGUCUGAGGGCGAGGUGACCUCCACUUUUAACGCCGCCACGGCCUUUGGUGACGACAUAGCAGACGACUCGUACUCUGUGUCAGAACUGUCGCACUACAACGUCGAGAGCAAGAGGAACAAAUCCGAGAGGAACAAGGCUGAGACUUUCAUUGGCACCAAGUUAACUAAUCUAGACAGACAGGAAUCUGUUAAAGCUGAACAAGCAGACAAUGGGGACACCAACAACGAACAUCUGCCGUCUGCUAACUCAACGGAACAGGCAGACGACGGCAGCAGCAGCGGCGAGAACGACGAUUCUGACGUCAGCGUCACGACGUUCGCCAUGUUCGCCCAGACCAAGUUCUCCCUCAAGGCGCCACACGGCUUCAGCUGCUCUCUCCUGCCUCAGCCAUUGCUGCCCACGUCAGACAAGGCUCAGUAUCUGGCAGCCCUGGCGUCAUGGGUGACCAUUCUAAGAAUUAUGGGAGAUUUACCUGACGUCGACACAGGAAACAGACUCAUUGUUGCUGGGGCCAAGACGCCAUUAACAACCAAGUUAAAAAUUUGUUUUAAAGUCAAGUACACCAAGAAAGACAUUGAUGACGCACACAGGAAAUAUUCAGAUUUGUUCAAGGAUCCAGCAGGCUCUGACAGUACCAAUAUCCCGUUUCUUUCUGCCACGGCAGACACCAUGUUGGAGAAGAUUCAACUCGUUUGUGCUAUAGGCAUCUACAAGCCUGCGUUAAGAGAUGAGCUGUAUUGCCAACUGUGUAAACAACUGACCAACAACCCAUCAAGGAACAGUGUGGUCCGAGGCUGGGUACUCAUGUCCUUGUUUGCUGGUAGUUUCAUACCUUCUGAGAAGUUUGCUCCGUGCCUGUCAAAUUUCCUUGCUGAAGGUCCAGUAGAGUUUGCUGAGAAAGUUGACUGGCUGUUGAGAAGAACCUGUACAGUUGGCACCAGAGGUUACCCACCUAGUUGGCUGGAGUUUCAGGCUGCCAAGAACGGGAAACCAUUGCUGGUUCCAGUGAGUUUCAUGAGUGGACAUCGGAUAUUGUGUGAAGUUGAUGCUGCCAUGACAGUAGCAGAAGUUAUCCGGCACAUCAGUGAAAGGCUGGGUCUUCAGGAGCUAACUGGAUACUCACUGUACAUUUCAUUACAUACAAAGAUCUCAUGUCUGGGCAAUGGGCAGCAUCGUAUAAUGGAUGCCAUCUCUGAGAGUGAGCAGUUCACCAAGCAGAUGGGUGUCAGAGAGAGCAACGCAAUCUGGCGACUUUUUUUUAGACUCGAGUACUUUAGCUCUUGGUUUAGUCCAGAAGAAGAUUUGGUCAGCACAGAACUAGUUUACCAGCAAGUUAAGAGAGGAAUUACAAUGUCAGAAUACAGACUAGACACUGAGGAGAUGAUUCUGAGUGUUGCUGCUAAAAUCUUCUACAUCGAGAACCCUGAGGAUGUUAACUUUACAAAUUUGGAAACCUUUAUCAGUACCUUUAUACCAGAGACCAUUUUAGAGCGGAGACCCAAGGACUACUACCCAGAUAAAGUAAAAGCAAUGUUUUAUGAACUAAAACUGGACAAAGAAAAACCAACUGAGAAUUCUUUGAAGUCAGAACUGGUGAAAUUAGCCAUGGAGAAUUUCUUCAUCCUGUUCUCAAGAUAUUACGAUGUGACAAAAGUUGUUGGGACAAAUAUCCAGUUAAAUGAAGUUGUUGUUGGUGUCAACAAUAAAGGCAUCUAUGUGGUAGAUGAUGUGGACAAACUACGGCUGCAUAUUGAGUUCUGUGAGAUUGUUGAUGUUAUCAAAUCAAAGCACCAUUUGACUAUAGCUAUCGCCAAUCAAGACAACUAUAUGUUCAGCACACAUCACUCAGAUGAUUUCUACAAUUUGGUGACCAAGUUUAUUGAAGAGCUGACAAAAAGAUCAACAAUUGCCAUAGCCAAGGAAGAUAUAACACCACUGGAUGGGCCAGCAGAUUCUAAUAUUAUCAAAGGAGAUGUUUUAGAAUUGAGUCAAAAUUUGGUAGAUCUUGGUGACGCUGAAAAUCUCACUGUGUUGUGUACCAGGACCAAAAAACCCAAUGAUGUGCCAGUUAGGCUAUGCUACAUCCUGGCAACUGUAGUCAAACCAUCAGAUGAUCUUUUGAGUCGUUUAAAAGCCCAUGUGAACAAGCAGUCUGGUACCUUAUUAAACCAGGAGUUAAAGCAAUGUUCUAGUUUGCAGCAGUAUGCUAAAGUUUUUUUCAGGCCUUCAAAUGACAAUGCAGUGACAAAGUUUCUUAGCAAAGCUUCCAUCAAGAAAAAAGAUAAUGAUGCCCUCUGGAGUUAUAGCAAGGAUGGAUUGAAGAAACCACUUCUAAAGAGGACAUGUAACAGAGAGGAUGUACGCAAAGUGGCUACACAUUGCUUUGCAUCUCUCCAAACUUACAUGAGUAACCCUGUAUUCAAUGAUGAGAUUGCUAGUUUUAACCUCUGCACUGAAUGGAUUCUCAACCCAGCAAGGAGAAAUAAAUACCUUAGAGAAGAAAUAUACUGCCAAAUUAUCAAGCAGCUGACCAAUAACCCAGAUAAGUCACAGUCAGACAGAGGCUGGGUGGUUCUCACAUUGUUAACAUCCAUGAUACCCCCAAGUUAUGAACUGUUUGAACAUUGCUUGGCAUUUUUGAAAGGAUCAUCUCACCCACUGGCUAAAAUGGCAGAAAAUAACCUCAAGCUUAAGAAGCAGCAUUGUGGCAAUAGACUUUAUUCCUCCCAUUUCUUGGAACAUGAAAUGGUUAUCAAACAACAACCAAAUGUUAGAAUUCAACUGUUUUUACCAAACCACAGUACACAAACACUUGAAAUAGCAAGCCAUACACGCAUCUAUGAGAUCAAGAAAGAUGUUGUGGCACGGCUUCAUCUCAAGUCAUUCCAAGAAUACAGUUUAUUUUUUAGCUCAAGUGACAAAGUGCAUUGUUUACCUGACCGAGCUUUUUACUUUGAUUGCCUGUCACAUGCAGAAAUUUUCUGGUACAAGCAGUCCAGAAAAAGUCAGUCUGGAACAAAACAAAGUCAUCCUAUGUUGGUAAUGCUAAAAAAAAUUUGGGUGAAUGGUCAACCUGGUAUAGAUCAAGUUGCAGACCAGAUUUUUCACUAUGGACAGGAAAUGCCUAACUAUCUCAGAGGCUAUCAUCAAAUGCCAGACAGUACAGUCAUUAAACUAGCAGCUUUAUGUUACCGCAGUCAGUUUGGGGAUGAUGCAAGCCAUUUCACAAAGUUUGGCACUGUUGCUACUCAAAUAUUUCCAAAGAAUUUUUUGACAAGUAAAGCUGGCUCAGAUAUUCAAAAAGAUGUUGUAAAGCAGUAUCAAAAUCACCCAAAAAUGUCUUUACAAGAAGCUAAAUCUGCAUUUUUACAAGAAUUGUCUCAACUUAGUACUUAUGGUUCAGUGUUUUUUGAGGUCAAGCAAAGACAUGCACAGACUUUACCUAAACACUGUUUAAUAGCCAUAAAUUACUCUGGCGUCCACAUUAUUGAUGCUAAUACAAGAUCCUUGCAUAAAACCUACAACUUUGAUAUAAUCCCAAACUGGGCAUAUGAUGAAAAUUCCUUUACGCUUAUUGUUGGAGAGGGCAACAGUACGAUAAAACUCUUUAUGGAAACUAAAGUGGGUCAUAAUAUGGAUGAUCUUCUUAUGUCUUAUAUUGGAUGGAUCAUGAACUAUCAGAUGCGCAAAAAAUAUGGAAGCUUGGGUGAAACAUCAGGAGAAAGUAUCUGCUAAUUGUGGACUAAGUGCACUAGAAGAAAGUAUCUGCUAAUUGUGGAAUAAAUGCACUAGAAGAAAGUAUCUGCUAAUUGUGGGCUAAGUGCACUAGAAGAAAGUAUCUGCUAAUUGUGGGCUAAGUGCACUAGAAGAAAGUAUCUGCUAAUUGUGGGC